GGAAGGGAGGAAGGAAGGGAGGAAGGAAGGAUGGGAGGGAAGAAGGAGAGGAGCUGGAAGAGGAGCCUCUCCCUCCAGAACAAGCUGGCCAAGGAGGCCCUGGCCGAGUUCCUGGCCACGCUCAUCAUGAUCGCGCUGGGCUGUGGCUGCGUGGCCCAGUCCGUCCUCAGCGGAGGGGCCCUGGGUGGGCCGCACGUGGCCUCUUUCGGUUUCGCUCUGGCCGUCACCAUCGCCGUCUACUGCGCGGGAGGCGUCUCCGGCGGGCACAUCAACCCAGCCGUCUCCUUUGCCAUGUGCCUGACCGGAAGGAUGACCUGGGACCGGUUCCCCAUUUACGUGGCGGCCCAGUUCCUGGGGGCCUUUGCCGGGGCCGCCGUGGUCUUCGGCAUCAACUACGAGGCCCUGAUGUCCUUCACCGGAGGGUCCUUCAACGUCACCGGCCCCAAGGCCACGGCCCACAUCUUUGCCACCUACCCGCAGGAGUACCUGUCCUUGGCCGGAGGGUUUGCCGACCAGGUGACGUCCACCUGCUUCCUGCUGCUGGGGGUCUUUGCCAUCUUUGACCGGGAGAACCUGGGCGUCCCGCGGGGCCUGGAGCCGCUGGCCGUGGGGCUGCUGGUGGUCCUGCUCAGCUCCUCCCUGUCCAUCAACUGCGGCUGCGCCAUGAACCCCGCCCGCGACCUGGCCCCCCGCCUCCUCACCUACCUGGCCGGGUGGGGCCCACAGGUCUUCACGGCCGGCAACCACUGGUGGUGGGUGCCGCUGGUGGCCCCGAUGGUGGGCGCUGCCCUGGGCGCCGGGCUCUACCUGCUCUUCAUCGAGCUCCACCACGCGCCCCCUCCGGACCCCCCCGCCCUCGGCGACCACAUCGAGCUCAAGAAGGUGGACGGGAAACGGGGCCACGAACGGGACGGAGCGCUCUAGCCUCUCCACUGGGACACCCAUCGUCCCCGCCCCGGGACCGGCCCCAGGCGGGACUUGGUUCUGGCCCGGAGGGAUCCGUGACCCUCCGGAGGAAAGCAAGGAAGGACUUUGAGAACUUGGCAAAAUCCGGAUCCAGCGAUGAGCCUUUGCAGGAAAAGCGCAGGACGCGGGGCCAAAAGGUCAUCGGGGAUCCCGAGUGUCGCAUUGAUUGAAGACGGCAAUAAAACACGUUUCCACCCA